CGCGGCAUUCGCUUAAUUUGAUACACACAGGUAGAAGUUGUGAUCCCUCCGACGCACGCACGCACACACACACACACACACGAGACACGACACACGAGUGAGCAGCCGCGCAGAUCAAGAGACAGGCCAGCACUAUGCGAUACACACCCACGUGUGGUGUACUGUAGUGUACAUCUAAUUGGUGUCUCGGUCGUGAGACAUCAUCAAAAAACAGUCCUGCAUCGCUCCUUCCCAGCAGAAAACGACACACCAUACGCGCCUAUGAGCAGACACACACACGCACACACACACAUGGCCGAUAAAUUCUUACCAGCAGACACACACACGACCGCACUAUAUAUAAAGCAGCAGUACAGAAAUACCGAUAAUAUGGAUGACGAAAAACGACUCCGAUCAAGCGAGGUAGGUGGACACGCAAAUGUCCAUCGGUCUGUCUUUUCAUUCACUCCUCCACUGACUGCGUGGGCAACGUGCAUGCACAGACACGCAUCAGGAAACCCCACCAGCAUCCCCUCUGUAGACAAAUAAGCACCAAGUAGAAAGCAGCUCUAGAGAGGAGGGGACAGGCACGCAGGCAGGCAGGGGCAGAGGGGAUGUCUGUAAGAAAAAAACGUCAAAAAACUAAGUGAACAAACAGACAGCACACACACACACACACACAGACACCACACGGCCCCUUCAUCAGCCAUCUGUCCUGUCUUCCCUGUCCCGCUUUGAGAUCCCCUUGAGCCCCUUGAGGAGCUCCUCAAGCACAUCCGAUACGCCGCCCUUCCCGCCACCAUCACCAGAGCUGCUGCUGCUGCUGCUUCUGGAUUGUGCCUUUUCCUCCCCCUCCCCCUCUCCACCCUCAUCAUCGCUUGGCGGCUCUGCCUCAGUGUCGACGGCUGUCGGGACUACUUCUUCUGGUACCACCCUCCCCUCCCUCCCCAAGCACCACCUCCUCGGCUCGUUGGGCACCCUCAACGUCCUCCAGUCCUCCAUCGACAUAUCCCCAGCUGCUGCCUCAGCAUAGAUGUGGCAUGGGUAGCUCUGGGGGUUUGCAAAGUCGUAGUCGAUGGCCACGCAGGCGUCGUAGGCGAACCCGUCGCACGCCCAGGUGCAUUCCUCCAAGGACAUCGUGGCGGCGUCGUUGUAGUCCUCCGGGAUGUGGCGGGAGUAGGAGGGCGUCUUGGAUGAGGAGGGGGCGGGGUAUGUCGAGAAGGAGCGGCAGUUGCCUGUGGCUAGCUCCACAUAGCCUCCGGGCGGACCUGCCGACGGACACCGAUCAACACAAGACAACACAACACGGGCAAAUGGGAGAUGUGGACGGAUGCCCCCCCGUCUGGUCUGUCUGAGUACCAUCUCGUGUGUACACUGCAUCUCUGCAUGAGGCCCUCUCCCGCGCCUCUUCGCUCUCCUUCUCCCCCACCUGCAAAUCACACCCGCCCUCCUCAUCGACCGCAAAACCACCACACCCCUCGCCAGCAGUGGCAGUUGCCGGUGCGGACCGGCACUUGUCGGCGCACUGAUCGAUGGCUUUCCUCAUGGCGUGUGGGGGGAGGGCCGACUUGGAUGUGCUGCUGCCGGCUUCCUCGUCUGUGAAGCAGUCGGCUACAUGUGGGGAGAAGCCGGGGGUGGGGGGCGAGCUUUCGGCGAUGAGGGAGGGGUCGUAGUAGAUCUGGAGGGGUCGAGCACAGGCAUAGGUCGGUCGAUUAUCGAGACAGGUGGGGCGUGGUAUGCAGUUGAGUUGACCUACCAUGAUGAUCUUUCCGUCUGAGCCGUCGGCUUCCCCAUCGGAUGAAACGUACAAGCGGCCCUGAUCGAUCGACGGAGGCGUAGCCACACAGAAAGACACGAGACACACACCCGUCCAUGUGUCUGUCUGUGGUGUCGGCAUGUGCUGUGUCAGACCUCGCUGUCAAAGACCGGACUGACGGGCCGAAUCCCCCAGUUAUCAUCACCUGCAUGCGCAAAACACUCACACUGCACCCCUGCACAUGUACAGUGGAUCGGAUCGUCACGCACCUCUCUUGCCAAAGAGGGUCAGCACUUCGUUUCUCUCUCUGACCUUGCCAUCGUCCAGCAACACCCUGGUGACCUGAUCAAGCAAUCCAUCACACCCAUUGUGCGGCUGCAGCCCCCCCCCCCCCACACACACACGUACCUUCUUCCCAAUCAUUUGGUCGGUGUGCUCACAGCAGCUCCCGUGCUGUGCCAGGAAGGCAUCGCCCCCGUACUCACAGGGAAAUCCGCCGUUGGCACUCUCCCCCGUCUCCUCACAUCUCUGCCGCCACUUGUCGCUGCUCCUCUUGCCGCCCAGGAAGGCAAUGCCGACGUGGCUGGCGUGCGCCUGCAAAGGCAGCUCGGGGGGCUGGUUGUUGGAGAUGUUCCUGCACCACUCGUCGUCUAGGUCAGCGUUGAUGUCCUCCCUGCCCGGCACGGCCCAUUGGGCGCUGUGCCCCUGCGUGAUGUCGGGCGGGAGGCGGCCCUCUGUCCAGCAGCGGGGGUAGCCGAAGGACUUGCCCUCACGCGACUCAUCGAGGAGGUUCAUCUCCUCGGCGGGGUUCUCUGCAUGGACGUGAGUGACACAAGAGGGGCAGACACAGCGAGGUGACUCAGAGGUGUGCUGAGGGUGUAUGGGUGUGUGUGUUGGUGGGCACGUUUGCCGAACUCGUCGCCUCCGAGGUCUUUGGUGACGUUGGAGGGAAUGUCGUCAUCGUUCGUGUCGACGCCCCACAAACGACCUGCAGAGAUGCGACACACACAUGGGAUCAGGGAGGCUGGACACAGUUUCCAUGUGCUCCCACUGGCUCACCCUUUUGGUCGAAGGCUAGGCCAACGGAGUUGCGCAGGCCAUGCUGAUCCACCAAUCACAGAUCGUCACUCUGUGUGGGUGUGCCUUAUGGGGCCUUAUUGCUCACUCACCACGAACGCUUUGCCGUCUUCAGUCCAGUCCAUAGUCUUGAUCAGGGGAUCAGUCACGUUGAGAAACCGCCGCACUUGCGCCCUGGAUGAGUUUCUGUCGCCUGCACAUACACACACAUCCAUGGAGACCCUCAGGCAUCAUGCCCCUCCCUCCCUGCACCACUGUAUGUCUGUUGCUCUCCGUACCAGGCCAUGUAGGGUUGAGUGACCCAAUCGACACAUACAGCCUGUUUUCAUCGUCUACCAUCAGAGUGCGCGUCUGAAUCAACAAGCCACACACACACACACACACACACACAGCCACAAUCACAGUCCACCUGUGAGACCGGCCCACCAGGUGUCCCUGUUUGGCCGCCCCACAGCCCCCUGCCUCGAUGCCCUUGACCACCACCACUCGCUCUUUGUCGUCCACAGGAGACGUCUGACCCGGCUUGUACGGCCACCUGAAGUCGUGCGUCCAUCGACAUCAGGUGCUAUGCUAUGCAGGUCGACAGCCCGCGUGGCAUGUGUGUGUGUGUGUGGACCUCAUGAUGUUGGUCGCAUUGCUGGCGAGCAGGUAGCCGCCGCGGAUGGCGAGGCCUGAAUGGACGGCAUGGUAUGGCAUGGCACCGAUGGACGGUCGACGGGUGUGUGUGUGUGUGUGUGUGUGUGUGUACCAUGGUUUAGUCUCAGCGAAUCUCCCUCCCAGAGCACGAAGCGCUCAUCCUGGUCGAUCCGCUGACAACACAAGAAACGCCAAUGACAGACAGACAGACAGACAGACAGGUAGGUGACUUUUGCUGCAUGCUGCGUGUCCACCCAUCCCCCCACCCACUCUUACUCCAUCUCUGUUGACGUCCUUCAUUGUGACGAUGCGGUCGUCCCCCUCUGAUCAUGAAGGAAGCCAUCCGACACACAAUCACAAUCAACACACAAUAGAGGCCUGUUUGCUGCCCACUCACUUUUCCCACACGAAGCUUUGCAGUCGCCUGCACUCACUCACCGCAACCAACACAACACAACACAACACACCACACCAGUGGAUGGACCAGACGCAUUGCUGCUGCUGUCACUCACUCAUUGACCUCAUGCACCGCACCCCCUCACCAGGCAGGAGGAAGCUGCACCCCACCCUGUCGAUGAAGACUAGCGCGUCAUCCGUCUCGGAAGACACCACCAUCUGGCGCGGCUGGCUGCACAAACAGGUAGACACGCACGAGUCCGUCUGUCUGUCUGUCUGUCUAUGUGUCUGUCUAUGUGUCUGUCUGACUGUCUGACUCUGUGUGCCAGUGCUUGUCUGUCUGUCUGUCUAAGUGCGGUACGUACCGCAGGUCAUCUUCAGCGAGUAUGCAAGCCCGGAACCCUUCAGGCAGCAGCGCGUCCCACACCUCAGCACAUGCCGCAAACAGCCCCUCCCCACCAUCACUGUCAUCACUGUCGUCCAAGUCCUUGGCUUCGGGAAAGGUGGUGAUAUUCGCCCUCGCCCUCGCCUUCGCCUUGAUCUUCGGCCGCUUGGGCGCCUUGCUGUCCUGCUUGCCUUGUGUCUUCACAGAGGGUUGUUUCUUGCUCACGAGACCAAACAACUCCUCAAGCAAUCCAGCGUGCACCGAGGCCAACAUCAUGACGAGAGGAAGGAUGAGCAGCAGCAUCGUGUGUGUGGCUGUCUUCGCGGGUGGGUGGAGGAACAGCGGUUGCAUG